AUAAUCCUGCUGAUUAAAGUGAAAGCUGCCUACCCAAGCCUGAGCUUCGCCCACUUUGCACGCGCAUGCUGCCCGCGGUGGCACGCUCGCUGGGAUUUUGAAUGCUAUAGCGUGAAUGGAGGCAAGCUCUUCCGCCUCAAAGCGACGGCGUGGCAUGAGCCCACCCGUGCUGGUGCCUGGGGAACUGGGGACCGCCUCCACCCCGACGCCAGCCGUGCCUACUUCGCCCUCUCUCGUGGAAAGUCUCCGCGCACGUGUGCAGCGCCGGCGGGAGAGCCUGCAGGAUGCACAGCAGGUGCCGUGGGACAUAGGCAGCGCAGCCCGUGCCUCCCCGCCGCGGACGCAGUUGUUUCCUGCGCAACGGCGCGCGGAGCACAGCGGUGCUUGUGGCCAGAGCUCCGUACCGUGGGACCCCCCUGCCAGCCCCUGGGGUCUGCUGGAGGAGAUGCUGUAUAAUGACCCGUGGAGGCUGCUGGUGGCCUGCAUCUUGCUGAAUCGAACCACUGGGCAGCAGGUUCGCGGGGUGCUGGGGCCCCUGUGGCGCGCCUACCCAACACCCCAGGCGAUGGCGGCAGCUGAUGAAGCUGACCUGAGGGCCAUACUGCGCCCGCUGGGGCUACAUAACACGCGCGCCGUUAAACUGAAGCGCUUUAGCCAUGAUUUCAUCACCAAGCAGUGGAAAAGCCCUAUGGAGCUACAUGGCGUGGGAUGCUAUGCCGCUGACGCAUACACCAUCUUCCAUCUUGGUCACUGGCGCGACGCCAAGCCCGCUGACAAGGACCUCAAGAAUUACGUCAAAUGGCUUGAAGCCACAGGCGGCGAGGGGGCAGGCUUGGAGCGGGAAGACCUGGAGCAGCUGCUGCAGGCUGCACAGCUACCUGGCCAGGUCACUGAUGGAGCUGCCACUACCGCCGAAGGCUUGCCCCAUCAGUGCACGGAGGCGGAGGCGAAGAGGGCAGCGGCGAAGGCGAAGGGAGAGGAUUGACCCAUGGUUCUGGGCUGCUGAGGCUCCAGUACCUAAUCACAUCGGUAUGCAGUGCUGUUCCUGAAGCGACCUGCCGCGGCUGCGUCGGCUGCAGUACUCUGAUGGGGCCCUCACCUGCCCCCUCACUCCACAGCCUUGACGACAGCCCCACUGGCGUUCAUGGCACCAUCGUAAUACAAACCCUGUAAUGGUGUGGACCCAGCCAUUUUAUGUUGUAGCUCUUGAAUAUAAUGCUUGGGGUGUAGUACUGGACUCUGGUGACCGAGAUGCAUGGCCGGUGAUUGAGGAGGGUCGCGGCAGUGAGAUGCUCAGCAGGCGUUAGUGCUGUUGAACGUGGGUGCCGUGUGUGUGUGAUGGGGGGGGGGGGCGCCCGUUGCAGUGAUUUCUGCGAGCAGUAUUGGAUGCAUUACGUGGAUGGACACUAGGAUGCACAUCCUCUGUCAUGCGGGAACCGGCCAGGCUGGAUGUGCAAUCUGCCCGCGUGUGAAACCCCCACCGUGGCAG